AUGAACUCAGAACAUAACUCACCAAGGGAUUCGAUAUCGGAUUCCGCCCUUGACGUAUCAUCUGACCCAAAUAUGCAUCAUCCUAAUCAAUUAGUACUAAAAGAGCAUCCUCUGGAAGAAACUGAAUCUCCAUUAUCACAUAUAAUAAGUAGAAGAAGUUCCGUGAGUAGAAGAAUAACCGGUGCUGAAAGAAUAUUCAGACGUGCAUCCACUUUGUCCUCACCAUUACCAAGGAUGGGAGAAGGAAAAGAUUAUCCACCUGAAUUACCUGAAAGACUUCCUUACGAAGUCCUGUUUGAUGGACCCGACGAUCCAACACAUCCAUUCAAUUGGUCAUGGAGAACAAAAUUCUAUAUUUCAUUUGCUUGUUGUAUAACGGCAUUGGCUGUUACCAUGGGUUCUGCUAUGUUUGCUGCAGCUCAGCCUUCAUUGAUGUACCUUUAUAAUAUUGGAUGGACUACUUCAGCUUUAGCUACUUCCUUAUUUGUUUUUGGUUUUGCGUCCGGUCCAAUCAUUUGGGGUCCAUUAUCAGAAGUAUACGGAAGAAAGACCCCAUUAUUGAUAUCAAACUUCGGAUUUGUAUGUUUCUCAUUCGCAGUUGCAACUGGUAAGGAUAUACAAACCAUUCUUAUUUGCAGAUUCUUUGCUGGAUUUAUCGGUGCUGCCCCAUUAGUUAUUGUCCCUGCUAUUUUUGCCGAUUUGUUUAACGAAAAGGUUAGAUCCAAGGCUCUUGCUAUCUUUGCAAUGGCUUUAUUCGGUGGUCCUAUGAUUGCGCCUCUCAUGGGUGGAUUUACAGUCAAGAAUGACGAUUUGGGAUGGAGAUGGACAGGUUAUUUUAUUGCAAUUGUUGGUUCUUUGGGAUUCAUUUUGUGUUGUUUCAUCAAGGAAACAUUUGCAGAUGUGAUUUUAAUGGACAAGGCCGAAGUAUUGAGAAGAAGAACAGGAAUCUGGGGAAUUUACGCGCCACACGAAGAAGUUAAAUUGUCAAUCCUGGAAAUUGCUGAAAAUCAAGUUUCAAGACCAAUUAAGAUGUUAUUCACUGAACCAAUUUUGUUUUUGAUUUCGCUUUAUAAUGCAUUCGUCUAUGGUUUAUUAUACAUGUUCUUAACUGCGAUUCCAUUAAUCUUCACGGGUACUUAUGGUUGGUCUGCCGGUGUUGGAGAACUUCCAUAUAUUGCUAUGUUUAUUGGAAGUUUAAUAGGUGGUGUCAUCUGUUUUGCCUUCGAAUUCAGAAAUCAAAAAAUUGUGAAUAGAACAGGUAAGCCAAGCACUCCAGAAGCUGCUUUACUUCCAAUCAUGGUAGGUUCAAUCUCAUUUACAAUCGGUAUCUUUUGGUUAGGUUGGGCAGGAGGAUUUGGUCCAAAGGUUCAUUGGAUUGUACCUACAUUGGGUGCAGUUCCGAUUGGUAUUGGUUUGAUUACUAUCUUCUUGCCUUGUCUUGUCUAUAUCAUCGAUUGCUAUUUCGUUGUUUCGGCUUCUGCAGUUGCUGGUAAUACCUUCUUAAGAUCAUCAUUCGGUGCCGCUUUCCCAUUAUUCUCAAAACAAAUGUUUGAAAAUAUGAAGAUCAAAUGGGCCUCAACUAUGAUCGGUUGUAUAGCUGCAGUGUUGAUUCCAGUUCCAUUCUUGUUUUACAGAUAUGGUCCCGCUUUGAGAAGAAAAUCUCAAUACUGCGCAGCUUUAGAUUAA